AUGCUCACUUUUGAGUCUUCCCAGAUCCAGGGUGCUCGCAACAUCAUUGAAAAGCUCACAUCCCUUGGUUUCAACAAGGUGGCUCACAGAAUAUCCACCCUUGAUGCUCAACCUGCAUCCGAAAAUGGAGAUGUUCUGGUUAUGGUUACUGGUGAGCUUCUGAUUGAUGACGAACAAAAUACCCAAAGAUAUUCUCAAGUCUUUCACCUCAUUCCAGAUGCAGGCUCUUACUAUGUCCUGAAUGAUAUUUUCAGACUCAAUUACGCACCAAACCGAGAUACCGACGUGCCUAAGAUCCCAACCUCGCGCCCAAGAAGGUUGGAAUCCCCUGAUUUGUCCGAACUCGAAACUCCAGCGGUUCCUUCCACGAGGCCAAAGCCAAAGGACGGUGGAGACACAAAGAGCAGCAAAACUCCCUCUGGCGCUGACACUCCGUCACUACCAGCUGUUCCAGCAACAAGACCACGAAAAGCAGCCACUCUGGACACCAUCAAAACCGAUGCCACUCUCGAGCUUCUUCCUGGAACGCCAACGUACCAAAAUGUCUUGGACAUAUACACCCAGAGUCCAGAACAAAUGAAGGAAGGAAUAAUUGACAACGUUCCGGAAGAUAACGAGCAUGGCCAGAUUGACAAAGUUGACGAUGGUUUGAAAGGUACGGAAUUGUACGAGACAACGAAUGAAAUUGAAUCUUUGGAGCCUGUUCCGUCACUCCCAGCACAAACAAAUGAGACCCCAAACGUACCGUCCGUGGAUGAGAACAGGAACUCGACUACUGAAUUGGCAGAGUCUGUUGAUAGUCAUUCAGAAGAGACUAAGGGCGAGUUAUCGCCUGAAGAAUCUUCUGUCACGAAAGAAAAAAGCAAUUCCACUCCCAAUGAACCUGAACCACCCAAGGACAGAGACUCUACACCGAGUGAAGGCAACCAAAUAUCUGAAUCAAACCUCUCAAUACCUGAUCCUGCUUCAAAUCCAAGCAGCUUGGAGCCCGCCAGUGACUCCAUCUCGAAAAAGUCAUCCGAUGUAACUUUGGGUGUUUUGCCCCGGAGCUCAGCAGAAUACCAUAAGCCUGCAGUUCCCAAGAAGCCGUCGUCUAAAAUUGCAGCUUUUCAGCAAAUGCUUGCUGAAAGACAGCAGCAAGACAUGGGGAUGUUUAAAUCAAGACCUCCUGUUCCAGCUAAGAGGCCUUCUCAGGGAGCUGAGCCUUCUGAGCCUUCUGAGACCGGUUCUCAGCAUACGAGAAAGCCUUUGAUUGGGUUUUCUUUACCGGGCGUAGCAUUUCCUGGAAUGCCUCUGCCAGGAAUCUCCUUCACGGAGCCUGAACGUGAUCAGGUUACUGAUCACGUUGCGGAUGUGAGGAAAGGGAGGACCAAAGGGCCAAGGGGGCGCAAACUACCAUCUCGUGUGAAGGACAGCGUACAAGUCAACGAUGAGACGCUUGGAAAUAGACUUAACAUCACUGUGACAACUUCCUGGAGUAUUGACUUGAGGAAACGUGCAAAGUCUGAUGAUGAGCUACAAAAUGAUGAGCUACAAAAUGAUACUCUGCCUUCCAUCGAUGAAGACAAAAACGGAGAUGGCUCAACUUCUGAAGCUCAAGGAACAGAAAAGCUAGAGGGGGAUCCACACGAGAACAUUCUUGACGAAGAAUUCAUUGAGGUUAUGAACGAAGAUAGGCCAAAUCUGAAAGCUGACGGUUUGGUAAGCGGAACCAUAAAAGAGCCGGUUUCUCCACCUUCCGAGGAACUUGGCUCAAAAAAUGAUGAACCUAUCUCCGAUUUGGAGGCACUUGCACCAAUCACGUCGAACUCGCAAGACGUUGAAUAUUCUCUCGAAAAAUGA